AUCGCCACACAUCCACUGCCACCUCCACCGAUCCCGAAGGAUCGUCGCAAGGCCGACGACGAGAAGCUGCUGAUCAACGUGAGCGGCCGUCGCUUCGAGACCUGGCGGAACACCCUCGAGAAGUAUCCGGACACUCUUCUCGGUUCGAACGAGCGCGAGUUCUUUUACGACGAGGAGAGCAAGGAGUACUUCUUCGACCGUGAUCCAGACAUCUUUCGUCACAUACUGAACUACUAUAGAACCGGUAAGCUUCACUAUCCGAAGCACGAAUGCCUGACCAGCUACGACGAAGAGUUGGCGUUUUUCGGUAUCCUGCCCGACGUGAUCGGCGAUUGUUGCUACGAGGAUUAUCGCGAUCGCAAACGGGAGAACGCCGAACGGCUGAUGGACGACAAGCUCAGCGAGAACGGGGAUCAGAAUCUUCAACAGCUGCUGGACAUCAGGCAAAAGAUGUGGAGGGCGUUCCAGAAUCCUCACAUCUCGACGGCGGCGUUGGUAUUCUAUUAUGUGACCGGUUUCUUCAUCGCCGUGAGCGUGCUGGCGAACGUGGUCGAGACCGUGCCGUGCGGUAAUCGUCCGGGACGCGCCGGUACGCUUUCAUGCGGCGAACGUUACAAGAUCGUCUUCUUCUGCCUGGACACCGCCUGCGUCAUGAUAUUCACCGCCGAGUAUCUAUUGAGGCUGUUCGCGGCGCCUAGCCGCUGCAAAUUCGCUCGAUCCGUCAUGUCGAUCAUCGACGUGGUCGCUAUUUUACCCUAUUACAUCGGUCUCGGUAUCACCGACAACGACGACGUAUCCGGUGCUUUCGUUACGUUGCGCGUCUUCCGUGUGUUCCGGAUCUUCAAGUUCUCCAGACACUCGCAGGGACUCAGGAUUCUCGGUUACACCUUGAAAUCAUGCGCCUCGGAGCUCGGAUUUCUCGUCUUCUCUCUGGCCAUGGCCAUCAUCAUAUUCGCGACCGUCAUGUUCUACGCGGAGAAGAACGUCGAUGGAACGAAUUUCACCUCGAUCCCGGCCGCUUUCUGGUACACCAUCGUAACGAUGACGACCUUAGGGUACGGUGACAUGGUUCCGAAAACGAUCGCGGGAAAAAUCGUGGGGGGAGUUUGCUCUCUCAGCGGUGUCCUAGUGAUCGCUUUACCGGUGCCUGUUAUCGUCAGUAAUUUCAGUCGAAUAUAUCAUCAGAAUCAGCGGGCGGAUAAGCGGAAAGCACAGAGGAAAGCUAGAUUGGCACGUAUCAGGAUCGCCAAAGCUUCGAGCGGUGCGGCGUUCGUGAGCAAAAAGAAAGCGGCUGAAGCUCGAUUGGCUGCGCAGGAGAGCGGACUUCAGCUGGACGACAGCUACAAGGAGGAGGAUAUUUUCGAAUUGCAGCAUCAUCAUCUACUUCGUUGUUUAGAGAAGACCACGGAUCGGGAGUUCGUGGAGAUGGAGGUGCCGUACAACGGUGCCCCGAAGAGGCCGGGUUCGCCGUCGCCCCUGACCUCUCCCGCGCACAGCACUGCCUCGAGGGGCGGCCUGCUGCACGCCUGCUGCGGCCGCUGCUAUCCCCAACGUUACCAGAGCCUGUCUUAUCAGCUCACCUCGAACGAGAGCAAGGAUAGAGUGGUGCUCGUAUAUGGAGACCGUAUACAAGUACGGAAAAAGGACCUAAAGAAGCGCGGUUCCCACACCUGUGACAUGCAGGCCCUACAGCCACUUCCGGUCCCAACCACCACCACCACCACCAACACCGCGCCUGCCAUGACUACUUCCGGUGGGCAGCCACCGCUUCCGGUAUCGGAGACCGCUUGAGUCGAUCACCGAGACCAAUCACGAUCACCAUAUCCGCUAUUAUGAACAAAAACAAAAUAAAUAUCACCUCUAACAAACACCAUCACCGUCCUCCUCUUCUACUCGAUGAAAGAACAAUGGCCGACUGGCCGGAAGAACGUAAGGAAAAGAAAAAGAGACGAUGCCAAAAUCGAAAGAAAGGAUCCUGCAGAACGAUCGGAAUGUCGAGACGGCAAGCAAGGAUCCACGACGUCCUCGAGGAGGACGGAAGCCGCUCGUUCUCGAAGAACAAAAAUUCUAUGGAACCAGAAACCGGAAGAGGAGCUUGUUGUACCUGGAAUUCUUUGCAUCUUCGAGCACGAAGAUUCGUUAAUGCACGCACACGAGCCUGCACACCUUGUUCUUUCUGUUCGACACGAACAGGAUCGAUGAAUUUUUAUCCCGCGUCGUCGAAUCGCGCCAGUUGUUUCUUCGGAGAAAACGAAAGAGAAAUCGUGACAUUUAGGCGAACCAUAUCGAACACUAUACACGAUUUAUCUAGAAGAUUUUCUGAUCGAACGGACAGGUUUUUCAAUUUCGAACUCGUCAGCGGAAAAUGGAACGCGACUCGAUGACUUCCGGGACAACUGGCGCGCGUUCCAGCGGUCUCUCGUUAUUUCCGGGAUUUCUGCGUGCCGAUAAAUCGACAGGAAACGACUGUAGUCACGAGGUGAAUCGACGAAACGCUCACUUUCUAUGUUCCUUUUGUAAACACGCUUGGAAUCGUGCCAACGAAGAAACAGUUAACCCUUCUGUGGGCAAUUGGCUACUCGUUCGAGCUUUGAUGUUUAACAUUUUCAUUUUGCACAACUCGAAAAAUUGUCAUUCGAAGCGAUCGGAAAACUUCGUUUAUUCUUUAGCAAAAAUUGAAAGUUUGCCAAGGAUGAAAUAGUUAACGUUCCAUGGAUAAUCGAGUGCUUUGAUGAUAACCAUUUUUGUCAUUACCUUUUUUAUUAAAUAGGACUUUGAAGAAAUUGUGAUUCGAGGCGAUUAACGAAAUAUCCUGCAACUUUAUCUUUGAAAGAAUUCUUGAAAUUUUGCCAAGAACUCUUCCGUGGACAAUUUAAUAUAGGGUUUUAGUUAGAAAAAAUUGUGAAAGAGUAUCCAGUUAUCCACACAUGAGUUAUUUCUCUCGACGAAACCUCGAAAAUCGAUAUCAAAGAAUCAGAGGAUCAGAAAGGAGCAACCUUUUGAUUACGGUCGUCGCAGGUCCUCUAGAUAUCCCAGGUGUAGAUGUAAGGAGUCGAUUUUUAAAAAAAGUCCUCGCGAUACAAAGCACCCCGUGAAAAUUGAUCGAUCCCUGUGAAACGAUGCAUAUUUCGAAAGAGUUUAAGCUUAUGUGCACUUAUAUUUGUUAUUAGUAGAGCUUGCGUAUAAUCGUUGAGUCUGAACUAGUUAACUUCAAACGUUCAAUCAAGCUUCUCUCGAAGUUUAUCAGAGUAUUCAUGGUUUUGAACAGAUUAGACACAUUGGUGAAUUGUAAUGUUUAGAAUAAAUAGGUUACAAGAGGUUAACUUGGAUGUGGACACGAUAUUUUCUUUGUACUUUUCGUAUAAUAAUUCUGGGAGAAUGACAAGCAUAUCUGGGUGUUAGAAGAGAAAAGUAGAUGUUCUUGAUAUUACAAUCAACUUUAGUUAGUUCGCUCAGUGAUUACUAGCUGCGAUUUUUAAUAGAACCACUUGAAAUUUUUGCAAACUAUUGGUCUUACAGGAAUAAGCAGAUUUGAGCAAAUCGCUUUGAUCUUGGAAGUUUUGAAGGUUCUUUAAAAUGAACAAUAAAUAUACAAAUUAUUCGAUACUUCGAUGGACUUAUUAAAAUUAAUAAUAUAUUUGGCGCCUUCAAAAUUUUCAUACGUUAAAUCUGAAGUGCUGAGUAGUUGACAGUUAUCGGAAGUCUCUACUAAUGACAAGUACAAGAAAUCCAAUCGAAAGGUUCGGAAAUCGAAUGUAAAGGGGCCGAAGAAGGCAGCGAAAGAGGAUUAAACGAGCGCGCUCGUAAGCGGAAAAGCGGUGAAACGAGAACUGUUUUUCGAUUUCGUGUUCGCGAGCGUGUUUCUCGAGCGGAAAGCGGGAUGAUCGCGCGCGUUUGGCAGGGACCCACGUACCUUGGUACUCUAAGUAAACGUAAGAUGAUGCCCUCGUUCUUUCAAAAAAACUCUCCAAAGUCCAUUUUCCGUUCUUUAUUUCCUAGAUGAUAGUCUGUCGAUCGAGCAACCGAUUCUUAUCAACCGAUCGAUCGAACGUCGUCGUUUGAACUUGAAAUAAAUAGGAUAAGAAUCGGUGUUUCAAUUAAAACUCGUGCUCGCUGUAAAUAAUCGUGAAUGGGGAGUCUCGUGUUGUCUGUAAUUAACUUUGUAAUUAAAAACGAUCCGACGAAUGAACACGAACAAA